UACCGUAAAUCUGGUAAUAGGUGGACCGACUUGGACCGCUCCUCUCCGGGCAGAGCUGAAGUCGCGCCAGACCUGCUGGAGGAGCAUCGUCAGGACCGUUAGACCCGCAGAGAUGGCGAAGGAGGGAACGGAGACGGCGGAGGAAACCGAGCAGAUGAUCGAGAAGAACGGAGCUAAAGAGCCGGAGAGCGCCGUUAAUGCACCGGAUUCCAAGGAAAUGCGCGCGGUGCUGCUCUCAGGCUUUGGGGGUCUAAACAAACUCAAAGUGACCAAGAAAUCCAUGCCUGAGCCCCAAGAAGGAGAAGUCAAAAUUCGCGUUAAAGCAUGCGGCUUGAAUUUCCUUGAUCUCAUGGUACGUCAAGGAAAUAUUGAUAAUCCUCCAAAAACCCCUUUAGUGCCUGGAUUUGAAUGUUCUGGAAUAGUGGAAGCUGUGGGAGAAAAUACUAAAGGCUUCGAGAUCGGGGACCGGGUAAUGGCCUUUACAAACUACAACGCCUGGGCCGAGGUGGUGUGCACGCUGCAGGAUUGGGUUUAUAAGAUACCUGAUGAGAUGACUUUCCCCGAGGCUGCUGCUUUCUGUAUGAACUUUGUGGCUGCGUUCAUGAUGCUGUUUGAAGUGGCCAAUCUCCGGGAGGGGAUGUCUGUUUUAGUUCACUCAGCAGGGGGAGGAGUGGGUCAAGCUGUUGCUCAGCUGUGCGCCACCGUCCCCAACGUCACAGUGUUCGGCACAGCCUCUCCCUUCAAACACGAAGCCAUUCGGCACUCCGUCACACACCUGUUCGACAGAAACCUUGACUAUGUAGCAGAAGUUCGAAAGAUCUCCCCUGAAGGAGUGGACAUUGUUCUCGAUUGUCUGUGUGGUGAGAACACGGGGAAAGGUUUGAGUCUCCUGAAGCCCCUUGGCACAUACAUCCUUUACGGUUCUUCAAACAUGGUGACAGGCGAGACGAAAAGUUUCUUCACCUUCGCAAAAUCUUGGUGGCAGGUGGAGAAGGUUAACCCCAUCAAACUGUACGAAGAAAACAAAGUCAUGGCUGGAUUUUCGCUGCUCAGCCUCCUCUUUAAGCAGGGCGGCUGCAGCCGAGUGAAGGCCGCUGUCAACAAACUGCUUUCGCUCUACAGCGAGAAGAAGAUCAAACCUUUAGUGGAUUCUCUCUGGGCUCUUGAGGAGGUGAAGGAGGCCAUGCAGAGAAUCCACGACAGAGGAAACAUCGGAAAGCUGAUUCUGGAUGUGGAAAAGUCUCCCACUCCUUUAAUGGCGAGCGACAGCACCGAGACGAGCGAGGCAGGUGAGGAAGAGGAGGAGCAUGAAGGAGACAGUGAUAAUAAAGAGCGAAUGCCCUUCAUCCAGUAGACCCCAGUGAUGACCCCCAGUGGAAGGAGAGACUGUGACGGGAUGAGUCUCCUGUGUUCCCCCACGCUGUAGUGAAGUGUACGAGUGUGUGACUGUAGUGCGUCUGAAAAUAUCCUUCAUGCCAACUGUCCAACUCAAGUGCCAUUCCCAGCACAGUGCUGAAUUGUUCCAGUGUUUCCUGACCAUGUGUGCUCUUCUUCUUUACAGGUCUGUGGAUGUUUUGAACGUGUGUAGUUCUGUUGUAUUAGUGACUGAGGAAAGCAAGGCUCAGUGUCCGCUGUGUCCCUUCAGGUUUCCCACAGCCUGUAGGGCACCGUGCUAGUCAUCAGGCAAGAGCAAGGAAAAAAUUCUUUAUUAGAGAUCUUCAGUAACCCAAAACCUGAAAGAAAGAAAGAAAGAAAGAAAGAAAAGUUUAAUUUUUUAAGGCUUUCAAAGAAUUAACUAUUUACAUUCAUAAGUGUUUCUAACUGAAAUUAUAGAAAGAAGGAAAGAAAGAAAGACAGAAAGAAAAAGAAAGAAAGAAAGAGAGAAAAAAGUUACAUUUUUUAAGGCUUUCAAAGAAUUAACUAUUUACAUUCAUAAAUGUUUCUAACUGAAAUUCUAGGAAGAAAGAAAGAAAGAAAGACGAGUGAGAAAAAUGUUUAAUUAUUUGUAAGGCUUUCAAAGAAUUAACUAUUUACAUUCAUAGAUAUUUCUAACUGAAAAAGAAAAAAGAAGUAAAGAAAAUGUAAAGCUAUUUUAAGGCUUUCAUAAGCUUAACAAUUUAAAUGUGUAAAUGUUUCUAACUGAAAUUAUAGUAAAAAGGAAAGAAAGAAAGAAAGAAAGAAAGAAAAAUGAAAAGAAAAAGAAAAGAAAUGGAGUGAGAAAAAAAGUGAAGUUAUUUUAUGGCUUUCAAGGGCUUAACUAUCUAAAGUCAUAAAUGUUUCUAACUGAAAUUAUAGAAAGAAAGAAAAGAAAAAGGAAGAGUAAACAAAAUGUAAAGCUAAUUUUAAGGCUCUCAAAUGCUAUCAAUUUAAAAGUUUAAAAAUGACUGUGAAGAAUGUUACAUUAUUUUCAAGUCUUUCAGAAGUUUAACAAUAUAAAAGUGUUUCUAACCAAAAUUAUAGUAAGAAAGAGAGAAAGAAAGAAAGAAAGAACAAAACAAACAAACAAAAAUCAAGCAAAAAAUGUUGAGAUGUAAGAAAAAAAUUAGAGGAAAAUGGAAACAGAAGAAAGAAAGAAAGAAACAAAGAAAGAAUGUAAAAUUAUUCUUAAAACUCUUGCCUUAUAGUUUAAAAGUGUAAAUGAUGGUUGAGAUUAUGAGAAAGACAGAAAGAGAGAGAGAGAGAAGAGAUUAACAUUUUAAAUGAUUGAUGGAAAUGUUAUGGAAUAAAAAGAUUUACUUAGUGCUGUGUACAAUAUAUUAAUGUUUAUCAGUAAGAAAUACAACUGAUUCUUAGAAAGAAAGAAAGAAAGAAAGACUCAGUGUCCCUUCAAAGACAGAUUUCCCAGAGCCUUUGGGGUUCCACGCUGGUCACACGGCAACAGCAAAGAAAGUAACUCUUUCUUUCUUCGAUUAUAAUUCACAAAUAAUGGAGAUUUUCAGUAAAAGUACAAGCAGAAGAGCAGCGUGAAGGAAAAGCAGUGGAUGUGAGAGGAUUUCUGAGUCCUGUUGGCUUUGUGAUUCUGCAUGUGUGUGUGAUUCUGUGUUGUGUUUACACUCUGGUGCCUGUGCUGAGUUAUUGUUUCAAAAAGUAUAUUUUUGCAAGAGUGUAAUGUGUAUAGAGAGAACUGUACCUGUACCUGUACCUGUGCCUGUAACUGUGCCUGUACCUCUCCAUACCAUAUAACUGAACCCUGUUCUGUGCCUGUAUCACAUAUACUGUACUCUGAAAGAAGGACAUGCAUCAUACGUACUUAAUAAUCACACAUAUCUGAUCAGCAUAAAUAUCUGAGAAUCAUAUAUAUCUAAUCUAAUAAUAUGACAUUAUGAUUUUAAAAAAGGACAGAAUUUAAAAGUCAACCUUUAUUAGUGAAGUUAAGAUUUAAAAGACUAGCUAGCUUUUGGGACAUUUAUCAACAGCAAGUAAGAUGAUUUAUUAGAAACAAUGUCAAAUUAGAAACAAAGUAGAAAGGAAGGAAGGAAGAAAGAAGGAAAGAAAAAAAUGAAUGAGUGAAAGUAAGAAGGAUGGCUGUACUUUCUUUUGUGCCAGUUUGUGCUGAAGGAAAUAUAAAAUUAUUUUUAUACUCUCUAAGCCUUAACUUUUGAAAAUGUAAAUGGUAAUGAUUGAAAUUAUGAGGAGGACAGAAGCAAAAGAAGAUAGAAGGGAAAAUGUUCAAUUAUUUCUAAACCUCUCAAAAAGAAAGAAGGAACGAAGAAAGAUUUGAAAGUAAGCAAAAAAUAACUUGAAAAAUCAUAAGAAAGAGAGAAAACACUUGAAAGAGAAAGAAAGAAAGAAAGAAAAAGAAAGAAAGAAAGAAUGGAGGGAAAUGUAAAAUUAUGUUUAUAUGCUCUAAGCCUUAACUUUUGAAAAUGUGAAUGGUAAUGACUGAAAUUAUGGGGAAGACAGAAGCAAAAGGAGAUGGAAGAGAAAAUGUGUAAUUAUUUCUAAACCUCUCAAAAAAGAAAGAAGGAAAGAAAAAAGACUGAAAGUAUAACUUGAAAAAUCAUAGGUGAAAGAAAGAAAGAAAGAAAGAAACAAAAUUUAAAAAUUGCUUGUAAAACUAAGUGUUAAAGAAAGAAACAAAGGGAAGAAGAAGAGAAAGAACAUUCUAAAUUGUUUUAAUUAUUAAAGCUCCCAAAACUUUGAGCUCGUAUAAAAAGCAUCUCAUAAUCAUACAGCUCUGAUAAUAAAACAUUAACAGUUAGAUGAAGGAUAGAAAUUAAAAAACUGAACAGUUAUUAAUAAUUACCUUAUCUGACAAGAAACUAGUCUCUAAUCUUCAUUGCACUUUCAUCAACACCAUGAUGAGGAAUGAACAGUGACGAGGUCAGUGAUAGGCUGCGCUCAGUAUUACACACUCCAGUCUUUCCAUAACGCCAGUAUGUUGUGUGAAAUUACAAACCCGGGAUAUAAAAUGGCUUUUUCCUGUUUUUUUUAUUUUUAUUUUAUUUUAUUUUUUGCCUAUAGUGUCUCAAGUGUGUGAAAGCUCAUUGACUUGCCUUAAAAAGUAAAACCCUUCAUGCUUGGUAAUUGUGUCUAGAGUCGUUCCAGGCAGAAAACGGAAUAAUGUUUAGAUGUAGUGUAGCUGAUAGUGCUUUUACUAUGUUGUGCGUAGAAAUUCGGAGUUACGGAAAUAAAAAGACCUGCAGAGCA